CGCUAAUUCAUGUAAACAAAACCGCAUGAUUUCUUGAAAUUUCAUGAAAAAUCCCUUAAAAAUGCCGAAAAAAGGACUAUUUGAAGUGCCCAAAUGGGAUGACGAUGCUCCGGAUCUCUCAAAGGAGUUCAGAGUCAAGAAGGUUCCAUUCCUCAUAGACCGCAAGAAGGCCCAAGAAGAAAAGGCAAAACGCAAGAUUUUGAAAGCCAAACGCCUGUUAGACCGUAAAAAUGGGAAUAAAAUGGAGACAAAUGGGGAUCAAGUUGGAAAAUUUGUUCGUGCUCCUCCACAAACCGAUGAUGACAUCGACGAUACUUUCGAUGUUUUUGGUUUAAGUGAUCGCGGAAGGAAGCGUCAAUUAAGCGACGAUGAAGAUUCAGCUGAUGACACGUUCGAACGUCGUUUAAAACAACCCAUUCAACAACCAAGAAAAGCUGUCAUUGCCAAAUCUGCCUUCGACAAGGCAAAAGAAGUCAAUAUGGAAGCAGAUGAAGACCAAGGAUGGAAAACUGUCGAAAAACCCAAGAAGAAAAUGAAGAAAAACAACGAAAUGGAAGUCGAUACCCCAAAACAAGUCGUUCAAAUACCCGAAAAAUCACAAAAUGCCAACGGAAAAGACUUUAAAAGUCAUUUAAUUGACAGUCUCAAAGGCAGUCGUUUCCGCUACAUGAACGAACAAAUGUACAAAUGCAAAGGGGACGAAGCCAAAAAGAUGUUUGACGAAGAUCCGCAAGCAUUUGUGGCAUAUCACGAAGGUUAUCGACAACAAGUGCAACAAUGGCCCUCAAAUCCGCUCGAUCGCAUCAUCAAAAGCAUCAAAAAACUUCCAGUCAACAACAUUAUCGCGGAUUUCGGGUGCGGCGAGGCACGUUUAGCAGCAGAAGUCCCCCAAGAAGUUUAUUCCCUUGACUUGGUAGCUGCCAAGCCCGAAGUCAUUGCUUGCGAUAUGGCUCACACUCCGCUCAAAAAUGAGUCUGUGGAUGUUGCUGUCUUUUGUCUUUCCCUCAUGGGCACAAAUUUGAAGGAUUUCCUCUUGGAAGCGAAUCGCGUUUUGAAGCCUCGAGGCACUUUAAAGAUCGCUGAGGUUGCUUCGCGUUUCGAUAACGUGAAAUAUUUCGUGGCUAACGUCGAAAAAUGUGGAUUCACAUUGCAAAAUACCGACACGAAUGACAAACUUUUCUACUUUUUCAACUUUAAGAAGCAAACGGAUGCGAAACAAGUUGCUUCAAAAGUCAAAACUUUCAGUCUUAAGCCUUGUUUGUACAAAAAACGAUGAUUUUUCUUUCAACAUUGAAUAAAUAUGACAUUUAUUUCUAAAUAUUUAGGUCGGAUUAUUAUCAUUUUUUGUUCCUUACCGCUAAUUGUUAGACGUUUUACG